AUGGUUUCUCUUAAAUUCGGAAGCCCAACAGAGGAGAAUCUUGUCUUUUCGAACAAGAAAAAAAUUGGAAAACGAUUGAACGAUUUAAUCCGAAAUGAGACAUCCCGUUCGUUGCUAUUAUAUGAGUUGAGGGACCUCUUUGAAUCCUUCGAUGCCAGCAAUAUUGAAUGGAACGAUCCACUCAGCUUUGGUUGUAUUGUUGAUCGAAACUCAGACAUAAUUUUUGGAAAGUUGCCAGAAGAACAAAAGAAGAAUUUGAGAGAAAUUAUAAAUUUGGCAUAUGAUCAAUACGAAACAAGCCCCGUUAUUUCUGACUUGGUUAAAGUCCUUUUAGAAAAAUCAAAGAGCUUGAAUAAAAGGGAAAUGAUGGUUUCACUCCCACCUAUACCAGCGGAUUUCCAAGGAAAUGAUGAGGAGUUUGAAGACAUAUGUGUGAUGCAUAGGAUCAUAGACUCAGUGUAG